AGAAAACGAAAAAGCACGGGACAUGCGUUUGGCGGGGAAAAGAGAGAGAACGCGAAAUACGACGACGACGGCAUAUACACACAAUCUUCUGCUGCAGCUUCGACAAAAUUCAAUGUGCAUAUACACACAUACUUUAACAGUACUUUAAAUAUGUUAUAUAUACGAAUGCAUACAUCUUAUGAUUCAUGGAAUAGUUAUGCGUUAUGUCUCGGCAAACGCGACUCGAAUUAUACGAAUAUCAUCAUCGUCAUGUAGUUACGAGCAACAAAAACUUGAAGCACGCACAUAAUGAAACGUUGAAUUAUACGAUAUCGCUAAAAUGUCAUCACGAAACAUCACGAGAUCAUUGUUCAGUCGAUCAAACUCAAAUUUUUCCAUCUAAUACGUUGAUUCUCGCAAUGAUGAUACAUUUUAUACAAAUUACUUCGUGAUAAAAAAAUAUACGUAAAAAAAAACAUCGUUCAUACAACAAAGUAUUUUCGUGACUGCGUGUCGAUGACGAAUUACGUAUAUUCUUACAGUCAUUAAGAAUAAAGUGAUUGGUGACAUUCAGAUACAAACGUAAAAUAAUAUCAUGGCGAGUGAACAAUUUUCGCUCGUUUGGAACAGUUUUCCAACAAAUUUGUCUUCCGGUUUGUACACUCUUUUGACGGAUGAACAUCUUGUUGAUGUUACACUUACUGCCGAGGGCCAAAUUCUUAGAGCUCACAAGCUUAUAUUAUCUGUCUGUAGUUCUUAUUUUAGAGAACUCUUCGAGGAGAACACUUGCAAGCAUCCGAUAGUUAUACUGAAGGAUGUGAAUUACAGAGAUCUGUCGGCGAUGUUACAUUUUAUGUAUCAGGGAGAAGUGAACAUAAAGCAAGAAGAUAUAUCAAGUUUUUUGAAACUUGCCGAGACGUUACAAAUAAAAGGUCUAACAACUGAGAACCGCACUGAAUCUUACAUCUCCGGUGAGACUAAGAAAGAGAAAGAUUCAUUUAGAACAGAAAUGUGUGAAGACUUGGCGGAGCAAAAUCUAGAAGAGACGGUAUCGCAGAGAUUGGAAGGUUCCGUUGGUUCUCCUCAUCGAGAAAGGUCUCCAUCUACAAGAACUAAACAAUCCUGUAUAAAAGUGACAUCCAGUAAGGUUUUUCAGCGCUUCGGAGGAGACUUGGACACAGAAAAAGUAAUGCAGCCGAUAAACAGAAUGUUUCAUGAAAACUAUGAAGACAGAACAAAUGAAAUGAAGACAGAACAAAUGACAGCGAUGAGCGAAGAACCGUUGGAUUACACUUCUGAAGUGCGAGCUCCGAUGGAUGAUGGCGAAGAACCAUUGAACUACAGGCUGAACGCAAAUGAUCAUCCUCCCCAAGAUUUUGGUUUGAUUUUACCUCAUGCCGAGAAUUGUGAGAGGGAAAGCCUAGGGACCGAAAAUCAACCGCAAGAAUCAAAGGAUUUGAACUGUGAAGAAGCGAGUUUUUCGAGAGGAAAAAAACCAGUCAAAGGAUUACCAAGCGAUUCUUUGCCGUUGGAAACAACCUUAAGGGUUGUCUCCGAGAUUGGACCAACGUUGAGAGUCGAUAGGGGCAAAGUCGUUCGUAUGUACUCGUGUCCAUGGUGCUUGAGACAUUUUACGCGAAAAGAAAAUCUCAAAUUGCACGUACGUUACAUACACGGUCCCCUCGAGAGUCUCACGUGCAAACUUUGUGGCAACAAGUACAAGAACAGCAACAGCUUACGCGUACACUCGUAUCUUUAUCAUAAUACAAGACGCAGCAAACACACUAAGCCAUAAAUCUUGAGUGGCAAUGUCUGAUAAUGUUUCUUCCCAUCCUCUUAUUUGUUUUUCCUCCCUUUUGUUUUGCCAAACAAAGCUUUAUUGACGUAUCGCAUGUUAUUUGUUGUUAUUGAAUUAUACUUGUAAAAUUUGAAUAAAAAUCGUUAUUAUUGAAUAAAA